CACUAGUCUGCUAUCAGAAGACCCGAGACCACACAAUAAUGACCGUUAACGGAAUACAAAUAAAACCUCUUCAAGAUCUUCAAGGCAUGUACACGUAGAUACCAGAAGAGAACAUGGGUAUACCACGAUCGCAUGUCACAACCUUAACCAUGGUUCUUUUAUGGAACUUCUGUCUUUGCACAAACGUAGUUAGAAAUAGAAGAAAAAGCGACCUGACAAAUUACCCUGUAGAUAGAUACAUUAAUUUAGACCUAGAUGUAUACAAUCUAAGAGUUAAGAGAUCUGACAAUGUUACAAAAGAUUCAACAGAAUCUGAAUUUAUUCUUGUUAAUAAAUCUAAGGAAAAUAAAUCAGAAGACAUUGAUAAAGAAGUAAAGGAUACAACAGAUUACGAAAUGUUCAAUUACACAGAAGAGCCGUGUGUGGGUGAUCCAGAAUAUUGCAAUAUGACGGAAGAAGCGUACAUGGAGAUGCUAAAUGAAUACAUAUUCCCACACCCAUACGAGUGGGUUUUGAUUGCGACUCACGCGAUUGUGUUCGUGAUAGGCUUGAUAGGGAACGCGCUAGUGUGCAUAGCAGUGUAUAGGAACCACAGUAUGAGGACGGUGACGAACUAUUUCAUAGUGAACCUGGCAGUGGCAGACUUUAUGGUGAUCCUGAUAUGCCUGCCCCCGACUGUGCUGUGGGACGUGACUGAAACGUGGUUCUUCGGGACAGCUAUGUGCAGGAUCGUAUUAUACUUUCAGUCGGUGUCGGUGACGGUGUCGGUGCUGACGCUGACGUUCAUCAGCGUGGACCGCUGGUACGCCAUCUGCUUCCCGCUCAAGUUCAAGUCCACCACCGGCCGCGCCAAGACCGCCAUACUCAUCAUCUGGCUGCUGUCUUUGCUGUUCAACAUACCAGAGUUCGUGAUGCUUCAAGUACAACGGAAGAUGCAACUUCGUUUCAAUGCGCAGUACUUUAUGCAAUGCGCAUCCACUUGGUCAGACGACAGUGACCUCAAAUGGCAUAUCAUAAAGGCGAUCUUCCUUUACACAUUCCCGCUGUUCCUGAUGAUGAUAGCGUACUGCCAAAUUGUCAGAGUGCUUUGGCGGUCAGACAACAUCCCGGGGCACACGGAGUCCCACAAGUUGUGCACGCAGUCUGGACAAAAUAACUGGCUAGCAAACCGCCGUACAGCGCCAUCUAUCCACGCGAACGCGUCAACGGAAGGCCAGCUCAGGUCUCGGAGGAAGGCAGCCAAGAUGCUGGUGGCUGUGGUGGUGAUGUUCGCCGUAUGCUACUUCCCGGUACAUCUGCUCUCUGUACUGAGGGUGGCCUACGACGUGCAACAGAGUGACGUGAUGACGUGCAUCGCUCUCAUCUCGCACGUGAUGUGCUACGCCAACUCCGCCGUCAACCCGCUCAUUUACAACUUCAUGAGCGGCAAAUUCCGUAGGGAGUUCCACAGGUCUUACUUCAAGUGCUUCUGUUGCUGCCUCAACCAGUCUGCCCCUGACCAGAACGGGACCUCCUUCGCUCCCGUUGGCAGCUCCCGAGCUGGUACCACCAGGACUGUCGUCAGGAGGAACGACUCUUGCGUCAGCUACCGCCUCACCCACCUCUCCCCUUCCAACCACAACAGUAUCCAUCGAGACUACGUCAGGAACACCAACACUUCUUUCAUCGAACAAAUCAAUGGCCGCCGCCCCAAAGUCAGAGAUGACUCCAUCAGCGAGUCAGCCACCAGAUUCACUCUCACAACCGAUGUCGGUAAAGAUUGACAGUUGGGCAAGGACUUAUACUACGGCAACAUUCGGAACAGAUCUGACGGCAUCGUCACUUACAUAGCCAAAAGUACCAACAGCAUCGAUUGUAAACCUUACUACGAUUGCUUUAAAGGCCCCGGCACUAGCUGCAACGAGAAACACAUCAUGGACGAAAGGUACAGCGAUACUUGCACCGAUUAUAGAGAAAACGACAAAGAUUCUAAGGAACUUUUCACACUGAACGACGAAACCAAAAACGGGUUUAAAUUUAAAUUUAACCGUAGUCUUAAUAGUUGUCAGAUUAAGA